AUGAAGUCCCCUCGCAAAGCCGAGCGACACUCGUACCAGACACCGCCCACGGCAAAGAAGAUGUCCGAGUGGUGUCUUGACUUACUCUCACGUCUUGUUUUGGAGCUCGACCUUGAACGUGAUGCCGUCGACCGGUUGUGGUUCAACUAG